AUGCUUUCAGGCAUAGACGUGCCAGAGAUCAAUGAGGAACAGAGCAAAGUGUAUAACAAUGCUCUCAUCAACUGGUACCAUCCCGAGAAGGAUAAAGCGGAUAGCUAUGUUCUUGAAUAUCGGAAGAUUAACAGAGAUGAAGAAAUGCUGUCUUGGAACGAGAUUGAAGUGUGUGGCACGAGCAAAGUCAUCUCAGACCUGGAAAGCAAUUGUAACUAUGCUUUCCGAGUCAGAGCCUACAAGGGUUCGAUCUGCAGCCCUUGCAGCAGGGAGCUGAUCCUCCAUACCCCUCCAGCUCCAGUUUUCAGUUUCCUCUUUGAUGAAAAAUGUGGCUAUAAUAAUGAACACCUCUUGCUGAACUUGAAGAGAGACCGCGUAGAGAGCAGAGCUGGGUUUAAUCUCCUGCUUGCCGCGGAGCGCAUCCAAGUAGGUUAUUACACACGCCUGGACUACAUCAUUGGAGAUGUUGGAAUUACCAAGGGGAAGCACUUCUGGGCCUUCCGUGUGGAGCCGUAUUCAUACCUGGUCAAAGCAGGAGUAGCUUCCAGUGAUAAACUACAGGAAUGGCUCCGUUCUCCCCGUGAUGCCGUUAGCCCAAGAUACGAGCAAGACAGCGGCCAUGACAGUGGAAGCGAAGAUGCGUGCUUUGAUUCCUCACAGCCGUUCACAUUGGUCACCAUAGGCAUGAAGAAGUUCUUCAUCCCCAAGUCCGCCACUUCUGCCAACGAACCUGAGAACAGAGUUCUCCCCAUGCCCACAAGCAUAGGGGUUUUCCUUGACUGUGAUAAAGGCAGAGUGGCUUUCUUUGACAUGGAUCACAUGAAAUGUCUGUAUGAGCGCCAGGUGGACUGCUCGCACACCAUGUACCCAGCAUUUGCAUUAAUGGGCAGUGGAGGAAUUCAGCUUGAGGAACCCAUCUCGGCAAAAUACCUGGAAUACCAAGAGCACAUGUAGUUUAAGCAUCAGUGACUUAAGGUGGAAAAGGGAAACGGAAUAAUGCCUUGGUGUUAACCUUCGUAACUAAUUACAUAUCAUCUAAGUAGUCCGUGGCCACACUUGUUUUUGUGUGUGUUUCUUCUUAAAUCGGAAAACCCAAACAGUCCUGCCUCGUCCGUGUGGUCGUCCUGACUUGCACAAGCCAGGGGAGAGUAGAGACCCUCCCUCCUGGUUAACUCUGAAAUGGUUAACUCUGUAACUGGAUUGUGUUUCUUUUUUUACGAACAGGAAAUCUAAUUUAUUUAUGUCAGCCCUGUUGCUGAUACUUAUAUUUCUUUUGGUGGGAGGGGGGGAUACAAAAGUAUUUAUUAUGUUUCUUUUGUGUUUGGUUUUUCAUUUUGUAUCAUGUUUGUUUUAAGAGAUUUUUUAGAUGCCUUAUGGGUGGGAAUUCAUACUUAGCCUUGUGUCUCGCAUGUUUUUCAUAGGAAAACAAAAGUAUGGAUAGGUGAAAAGGCCAUAGAAAUGGUAGUAUAUUUAAAUGGAAAAUUAUGUAUUUUGAGGUGUAUAAUGGAUAUUCAGAGUAUAUUCCCUGGAAAAUGAAUACUGCUUUUUGUUUUCUUUUAAGACUACAAAUUGUAUUUUUAAGGAUAUUUUGAAGAGUUCCUUUAGCUGUAAUGUCCACAUCUGCAUGUGUAGUUAAACAUCAUUUUUUGUUUUUGUUUUUUUGCAGGGAACACAGAGUUCUUGGCUAACACACGAAAUUUUUCAUGUAAAAUUUGUCUUCAGUUUUUCUUACUCUAUGAAAGUAUCUGAGCUUAUAGCAAAUAAUUUAUUUUUCACAAAUAUUAGUGACGAUUCACUGAUAUUUGGCAUAUUUGUUCUUUUGCUCUCUUAUUGUGUCCUAUGAUUCUAUGAUUUUCAUUUUUUGGCACUGAUACUAUAUAUCAGAUUGUCCUGGCUUAUGUUUACAUGUUUGGAAAGUUCAUGAUUUAUUUUUAAUGUCAUUAAAUUAUUCUAAAAUAUGGA